AUGUCACGGCUCUUCCUAAUGGCCGACUCCCAACAAAUUGUUUUGGUCGUGGCUCUCGCACGGCCCCUCAACACAACCGAGCUGGCCCACAGUGGUUCCAGCAGCUCCGUCGUCUUCAGUCAUUGGUACAUGCAGUCCAUUCUCCACGCCCGGGGCUUCCGGUACGGCUUCGAAGUUUGGUGGCGCUCGCGCCCUGCCAAGCUGGUUGGCAGUCCGGUCACCCUUCCCCGCGCUGUUCCGGACGAGGGCUGUGUCCGUGCCAUUCAUGAAGACUUUCGUCACAACUUUCGAAAGCUGGAAUCCUGGCAUUUGCGUCACCGGACGAAGAUACUGGAUGCAAAGUAUGACAAAAGCCUUGCCCAGAUCCAAAAAGAAUUGCGGGCACCUGCCCCUGAACAGGUGGACACUCUGCAAUUCCGCCGUUCUCAUGCCAUUUUGGCUACGGCUUCUUCCGGAGUGCAGGUGCAUGUGGAAGGACCACUGGAUUUACGUGGUACCUCUGCUUGGGCCAUUGAUGGUGAGCCAGUGGAUUUGAUCUCUUGUGAAGACAACGUAUGCACCUUCGCUUCUCCCGUUUCCUCCUCCGGUCUCGAACUUGAGCAAGUACAGACACUCUCUUCUGUGGCCGAUGUGCACUCUGAAUUCGUUUCCGUUUGGGCUGCACGUUGGCAGCAACAUACAACGGUUGACUGGAGCCGAUUUCUGAAUUUCGUUCGUGCUUUUCUGCCGUCGCGUCCCUUUGACUUGCCGGACAUCGACGCCUCGAUGUGGUCUCGAGCAUUGCGUCGCUUCAAGCCCCGGGCCGCUCGUGGCCCUGACGGCUGGGCCCGUGAUGACCUCCUCAAGCUUCCACCUCAGCGUACUGCUGAGCUUCUCGGGCUGCUCAGGGCAAUUGAAGCUGAAACACAGCCAUGGCCCCGUCAGCUUCUUGUUGGAUUUGUUUGCUUGCUCAGCAAAGACAAUGGCCGCACAGACACACAGGGCUACAGACCAAUCUGUGUGUAUUCAGUCAUUUACAGAGCCUGGGCAGGCAUCCGAGCGCAACAGGUCCUGGCGAUCCUCCGUGGAUUGGUUCCUGAAGAUCUUUUUGGGUUUAUCCCUGGUCACGAGACGACCGAGCUUUGGUAUGCAGUGCAGCUGGAGGUUGAGCAAUGUUGUCAGGCGGGUGAUAGGCUGCUCGGCAUGUCAACGGACAUCGUGAA